AAAUUUGAGUUUCUGUUUUGCGUCGUUGGAUAAAAUGGCAGAAAAAAUGCAGGUCCGUGAGAAAACAGGUGUUUUAAAAGGAAAAGUGAAUAAAAGAAAACUGAGCCCUGAAAGUGACGAUGAGAUGCCCACAAGCAGGAAGAUGAAAUGUGAAAGCUUUAUGGAAAAUAUAUCUCCUGACUGUGAUAGUCCUGACUCUGCUGACUCCAGGAAAAUAUGUGACUCUUUUAACAACAGAAGAAAAUAUCUACACUUUGGUCCAAGAAAGAAAGACAAAUUGAAGAAAAAUGUGAAUAUAAUGGUUGUUCCGCCAAAAACUACAAAUGGGAGACACUCGCUUGAGAAAUUAAAAACAACUUUACAAAAGAAUUGGAAGAUGUUGAAGGAAAAGCUGGAACCUACUGCUUUAGCUGAGAAACUUCAAGCAAAGAAAAUUCUUAGCGAUGAAGCAAUAGAAAACAUUAACAAAUGUCUAAGCCGCCAAGGAAAGAAUGACACACUCAUACAAGAAUUAUGUUCGAUUGAACCAAACAGUGCGAAUUCUUGUAUAGACUACGAAGCUACAUUUGUUUCUCUGUUGAAUGACACCAGUCAAAAGGACGUUGAUUUACAGCUUUACCAUCCAGUAACCAAUGUAGUGAGGCAAAAAUGUCAAGAUAUGCCACAAGACGGACACCGUGAUUUGAUAAAUUUUAAUCAUCAGCAAAGGGAAACUUUACUAGAGGAAGUUGAGCCUAAGAUAAUUUUAGAAGAGCUCAUUGCAAACAGUUGUAUCUCUUCUAAAGAAAAAAGAGAAAUAGCUACCACGCCAAAAAGGCGGGAAAGAGUAAAAUUACUGUUAAAAAAAAUUGAAUCAUCUACAGACAUUGUGGCAGAUCAAAUUGUUAGGUGCAUUACAAAUGCUUGCCCAAACCUCACAGGACUGUUUCACCCAUGUAGUAGUAAUACAGGGCAGCAGAACCAUUUAACAAAUGAAAAGGGUUCUCGUUUAAACAUUAAAAUAUCCAUAGAGACAAAGGCAGUACAGGACCCGAAUGAGCAUGAUGAUCCGGUAAAAACCUUACAAAUGAGAAAAAGUGUAGCUGAAGAAAUAGAGAGAAAAAUUGUUCACAAUUUGGAAGAAAAUCCAAAUCGGUUAGAGGAUAUGUUCGAAAAUUGCUUGAUAGGCAUUGACAAAAUUAAAUUUGCGUGUGUAAAAAUAUAUCUAAGGGCAUUGUCGUCAAAAUCCCUAAGCAAAUUAGUGGCAUAUGCCAACACUGGAGCUUUCAAAAAGCAGAUAGCGUCGUUGAUUGACCAAAGUGGACAUGAAUUAGAGAGAGACUCAGAAAUAUGCAUAGAAAUAUCAGAAGGAUGGUCAAAAUCGGAACAAAAUGAAACGGUUUUAGAGUGUCUUUGCAACUUAGAUAGAAGAGCAAUAAGGAAGAACUUCAAACUACUUAGUGACAAAAUGAAAUGUUCCAAAAUAAUCAAUCGCAUUUUGGAAAGUCAUCUAAUUACAAAGAUGGAUAAAGCAUUUUUGAUGAAGAUAAAAACUUACGAUUUGAAAGCUAUGAAGAAACAGCUAAUGCACUAUUUACUGAAAGAAGAAUUACCAAAGAUAAUGUUCUGUAUUUUGGAAGACGAAAUUAUAAGAACAAAUGGGUCGUCAAUUAUUCGGACCAUACUUACAGUGACUCAUGCCCAAAUGAUUCCACCAGAAAAUGCAUGAAACAUUUGAAAUUCAGAAGGUUGGUACUCCUGGUUGAUAUUAUAAAUACCAAGGGUUUAAACGUUGAUAUGAGAACAAUUAUCCAUUUGGUUUGGCAAUUUGUUUCAAUCUUAAAUCUCGGAGGACGUACACAUAUGUAUUUCAAAUUUUACUGAUAAAGUUUCUGUUUAUUUAAGGCAAUGACAAGCUCCUAAAAAACCAAUGUAAACCAACUAACUUAUUUGUAUUUAUCUUCACUAUUGUUUCCCAUAAUUU